AUGGAAGCAGUAGGCGGAACCGCUGCCAUCUUGCAGCUGAUCGAUGUGGCGCUUAAGACCACCAUCCAAGUAUACAAGAUCUACGCAGAUUUCAGAGAUGCCGAGGACUUCCAUAAACGAUUAGUUAGGGAGAUGCACGAUCUUGUUAAUGUCCUCCAUCAGCUACUGGAUUUAGUCUUAGUCAGCGAUCCCAACGAACCGAAAUGCGGACACGCUCAAGCUCUGCGAGGAAUGCUGGAAGGGAAAGACAACCUCGUGUCGUGUUGCCAAGAGGAUAUUGACGAAAUCUCGAAGCUCCUAGGAAAGGUCGCAUCAGCAUCAUGGCCAAUUAGGAAGAGAAAAAUUGACCGAAUUCUCUCCAACAUUGCAUCAACUAGAGCACAACUAGGCCUUGCGGUUCAAACGCAGUCCAUGGCUACCGUAAUGGAUAUCCGUCGCAUGUUGACUAGGUAUGAAUCCGACAUGAGACAAUAUGUUGAGUCUGAGUCGCAUAAGGCCAUUUUGGCGUGGCUGAAACCACCCGACGUAUGGAAGAACCUAAGAAAUGCUCUGCAAAAGCGACAGCCAGGAACGGGCGAAUGGCUACUGAAGGCGUCCGAAUUUGAACACUGGAAGGGAAACCCGGGUACUUUGUGGUUAUCCGGCAUGCCGGGAGCCGGAAAGACCAUCAUGAGCUCAACCAUAGUGACCUCUUUGCUAAGCGAAGCCCAAACAUCUACAUCAGCAGUUGUCUACUCGUACUUCGAUUUCUCCAAUGAGUCGCAGCAAGAAGCUCAGUCAUUUCUACGAACAUGCAUCGCUCAACUUGCAGCAAAGAAACCUGCGGCCUUCGAUAUCCUUCUCGGCCUCCGCAAUCAGUUUUCGGAAGCCCAGAGUCAGCAGCCCGGACUUGAAGAGCUUCUCGAAGCAACAGUUGCCGCCCUGAGGUGCUUUCACCGAGUAUUCGUUGUGGUCGAUGCGCUGGAUGAGUGUUCGGAACGUAAAAGGUUGCUGAAAGUAGUCGAAGAACUCCAGUCCCUACGCAACCUUCACCUAGUCCUCCUGAGUCGCCCAGAACGGGAAAUCGAAAAGGCCUUGUCGUCUUCAGCAAAAGAGUUGCCACUGCGUGGCGUUCAAGUUGAUCAUGAUAUUGCAGCCUACAUUCGACAGAGAAUUCACCACUCGGAUGAGAUGCAAGAAUGGAUGGCAGAAGAUAGGGCCAAAGUUGAAAGCCAGCUGAUUGAAAUGGCCGGUGGAAUGUUUCGUUGGGUGCAUUGCCAACUGGACGCUUUGGAGCAAUGCAUUGAUUCUAACCAAGUCGACGAGACCCUCGCCUCUUUACCGUCGGACCUACCGUCGACAUAUGAAAGAAUACUGGUCAACAUGGACGCCAAAUCGGCGGCGCGAGUUCGAGAUGUCCUGGUAGCAUUGGCCUUUGCUCGAAGGCCUUUGCAGGUUGGCGAAGUCAUGGAUGUUAUAAGCAUAUCUCUGCAAGACUAUCCUCGAGCGAAGAAGAGUGGGAAUAAGGUCUACUUGAACCAGCUGCUGUCUUCCUGCUCGAGUAUGGUGGCAAUCUCUACCAGCGGUGGUGGCGAGAGGAAAAAACAAGAGAUGCGUCUUGCGCAUGCCUCAGUUAAGGACUAUCUUAUCUCUGAACAUUUGCGCAAUGGACCGGCAUCUGCAUUCUUCACAACAUCUGGACAGGGACACCUUUUCAUGGCCGCUAAAAGUGUUGCGUGUCUGUUGGACCAGAACGACGUCAGCCGCUUCGGGCCACACACCUUGGAAGAGGUUCCCUUUCUGUUAUACUCUGCUCUGAACUGGGUCCAUCACGCGAGGGAUGCCAACCUGGAGUCUGACCGUGGCAGUCUUGACGACUUGAUUUUCUCCCUGCUCCAUCGCGAUGGCGACUCUUAUGUCAACUGGCAUCGUGUGGUAGGCUGCCAUGGGCCUGCAACACCAGUGGAGGGUUUUGCAUGGGAUAUCCACAUCCGAGAGGGCAGCAGACUCAUCGACGGCGGUCGACCAGCCCACAAAGAACGACUGCUAGACGGCCACUUUAUUGAUCGCCCGCUCCAUCAUGCAACGCAAUGGAACCUGUGGCGCGUUGUCCAGCGUCUUCUUGAUGCUGGCCAUGAUCCUAACGGUUACAGUAGAGGAAACCACGCUCCCCUUCACUGCGGGGUACCCCAGCGGGCCCUAGAGUCGAUGGAUCUUAUUCUCAAGCAAGGUGGAAAUAUCAACAUCUGCGACUGGAUUGGCGAUACCCCAGCUAUGUUUGCCGCGCACAAGUCCAAGGACCCAGUAACGAUGGAGUGGCUAAUGGACCGCGGCGCAAGCCUUUUACAUGUCAGCAGAAGAUCCGGCAAUCUCUUACAAUGCGCAGCUAUAGAGGGUAACCCAGAUGUGUUGGAAGUGAUUUUACGGAAGAAACCGCACGGUAUAUCACCCGACAUUGGGACUGAUCAUAAUUAUGACGAAAUUGCUGAUCUGGCCACACCGCUUCAAUUUGCAGCAUAUGGAGGAAACCUGGCAUGCAUCGAGUUACUGCUAAUGUACGGUGCCAACAUCAACUUGGGUAAAGGCAAAGUUGGGACACCCCUUCAUGCUGCAGCGGCGUCAGGGAAUCUGAAGGCCCUUCAGCUCUUGUUAAGUAGGGGGGCGAAUCCCAAUGUUGUCAAUGGACAAUACGGCAGUGUUAUUUGGGCUGCUGGGUACGGUGGCGACCGUGAAUGCGUUCGCUUUUGUCUACAACUGGGACUGCCUAUCGACGGACUGGAUACUAAGGAUCUCUCUCCUGGCAAGAAUUGGCAGGGUCUUGCUGAAGAUGAAAGGGAGGCACUCUUGUCUGACAUUAUAAAAACUGCAGGAGACCGCUACUGUCGAGACAUCCUUGACGCCGCCCGGUUGGGCAUGACUUCGCGCGUCAAGGCAUAUCUUGAUAGUGCCACGGACCGCAAGGCCGAACUUGGAAAGAAGCACGAUCUUCACAUGCGGACGCCUCUGCUGUGGGCGGCGGCAGAGGGUCAUAUCGAAACUGUGAAGUACUUGGCAAUGGAGGGCGCAAGCCUUAAUCAAUGGGGGAGAGGUCUCGACACACCGCUUGAGAUUGGGUGCCUUGCCGGCCGCUUGGACAUGGUAAAGUGUCUAUUGGCUUUAGGGGCAAGGGCCGAAUUCCGACAGGCAGGAAAAUAUCGGACUGCAGUCGUAUGUGCUGGGAUCAGUGGCAACAAGGAGUUGGUCGAGUUUUUGAAGGCACUGGAAGAGGAUCGGACUCUGACGUUCGAGUUUGAGGGGCAGACCUACGAGCAUGAUGGAGACAAGGGCUACAAGCGAAAGGCAUGA